AUGUCCGCUUCACCGAUCGCCAGGCAAGCGACUUCCAGUCAGGCUAUACCAUCUAGAAGAGUCCUGAUCUCCGAUCCGGCUCAAAUGCCUGAUGUAUAUUCCAGUACACCAGGUGGCACCAUCUAUUCAACCACUCCAGGAGGUACACGUAUAGUUUACGAGAGAUCUUUCAUGAUGUCUCUUCGUCAAUCGCCUAUAUCGCAGACGCCGCCAAAAUGUUCUCUACCGGCCGCUCUGUUAAAGAACCCACCUUCCUCUUCAAACUCGUCAGCCCCACCGGUACAAAAACCACGUUCAAAUUCCAUAUCAUUCGACGAAUCACAAGAAACAUUCAGUAUGGAUCUCUAA